ACAAGCGCACUGGAUUUCCAUGGCUAUCUUUCAGCAUGGUGCCAAGAAUCUGCAAGUCACCGUACGUAAUGAUGCCCAACAAUCUACGCAACAGAUGCUUACUGACAACAGCAAUCGAGGCACGAUCAGCGCCUGGCAGAGGUAGAAGCAGAGCAGCAGGUAGUCCACCACGACGAGAACGACAUGCAGGCACGACAAGCACGACGCAAUACACGACACAAUGCGCCACACUAUGAGCAAGACGACAACACGCAGGCACGACAAGCACGUAAACGUAGCAAGCGCGCAAAACACCUUGCACAACAUUCGUAGGGAGUAUAGUAAGCCUUUCUUGCUCUAGAGCUAUGUCUAAUCCAUGCAAAGCCCUGGCUCGCCACCUGCAGCUCCCUACGUGCUAGUCACCAGCGAUUGUCGAUCGCGAUCGGCGCCCGUUGAACACCAGUUUUCUACGCGUCAAUCAUCGCCCUUUUGUCACCAGCGCCAUAUUCUAACGUUUGUCGCCUGUUAUCUCACCGCGUCAGUCUUCCGCUUAUCACCCGAUUACCAGGCGUGGAAUUUUUCCGUACCGCAAUCCAGCUGCAGGAUCUGCGUGACUACCAAGUAUAGACAGGGUAUGGCGGCAUGGCCUUCCGACACAUCAGCCACUAGUUCCAUACGUCAGGUAGAAUACGCAGUCGCCUCGACUGCGAACAUGUUAUCGUCAAGCGCUGCAAGGGCGGGAAUUCGGAAUUGGGCAGGCAUACGUUCAUUUCACCCAUCUGAAGGCUGGAGCCAGAGCACGACCUCGAGCUUCAUGACCAGGACUAUUGUACACUUGCAGGUUACCGGAAGCUGUAUGUGCUUGAGAAGCUUUGCAUGCUGAGCAAUACUGGCCAACACUUCCACUUUCAAGGUGUUCGAGCUCAAGGACGUUCUAACGAACGGCAAAAUGCCCCAAGGGUUGAAU